CAAUUGCUUAUUUAUCAUAUAUUUACCUACUAGCUAAUAUGCUGGCCGAUGUUGAAAACGCGCUUGGCUUCGUUCUUCAAAAGUCCGGACCAUCCAUCGACAAGUUUCUUGAAAUAGUCUUUGAGUUUCUCAAAACCAGAACUGAUUUUUACGUGAUAAGCGAUGACCCGUCGAAAGGAGGGUUGGGCUUCAAGAAGGGAGUUGCUGAAAAACUGGUGCUCAGAAGCUUCAGAAUGUUUGACCAGAUCGAAUUCGAUUCAACUACCAAAGAAUGUGAACUUCAAUCGGAAGAAGUUUGUACUACUGAAAACGAAGUAGAAUCAGAACACAGACAGCAAAUCAAAGCAGCAACAAAUACAAACUACAGUCUAGAGAGCGAACCAAGUGUACAUUCAAAACUCUCCAGUGAAGUUUCCAAUAGACAAAUUGAAUUAGUUCAGAUUUCUGGUGAUGAAGGGAAACAACAAGAAAAUUCGGCGACAACACAUAUCGGAACAGAAAAUUUGAACAUCAGCGCAGAGUCUGAAGCACCGGGAAUCAUCCCUCUUCAAGAUAGCGACACCUUCAAUGGCUCCGAAACUAAAUUAUACAAAUGGUCACAGUCGCAAGAGGAUGUAGAAGUGAAGCUUAAACUUCCUGAUUGUAUUUCAAAUCGGAAACAAUUGAAAGUUGAAAUUUUAGCGAAGUCUUUGAAUGUGAAAAUAUGUAAGUGUACUGAAACUUCCAGUGAAGAAAAUGAAGAGUAUGUGGCUGGAGAAUUAUUUGACAAUGUUAACUGUUCGAGUAGUUACUGGAAUUUCGAACCGAAAAAACGACUGCUAAUUAUUUAUCUGGAAAAAUUAAAGCCUCUAUGGUGGAAAAGGCUUUUGUUGGGAGGCGAAGAAUCUGAUUUGGAUAUGCGGAAGUUGGACACCACAAUGAAUCUACAUGAUUUACCAGAAGGAGACAAGGCCACAAUUGAUCAGCUGCAAUACGAUCAGUUGUGCAAGUUGAAAGGUCUGCCCACUGUUAAAGAGCGCCAGAAUGAGGAGUUGCUGAAGAAAGCGUGGAAUGCUAAUGGAAGUCCAUUUGGACACACUCCAUUCGACCCCUCAACAGUCAAGUUCAACUGAACUGAACUGCGCAAACGGCUGAUCGAAAUUCCAUCAGAAUUGCAAGGAGUUAAUUGGACUUUAAGCCCACUUCUCGCUCAUUCAGCUCCGACCAAUAAAUGACUCUAAAUAUUUUGUGGUCUCAAGACGAACGAACGGACGCUUAUCGAUAUGAAUGUUUAAUCUGAUAAUUGAUUGGUUCAGAAGGUCAGAAUCGAGACGAAAAAUCAUUGCAGUGCUUCCAAGAAUAAUUGAAAAAUCAGUUUGUUGUUUACUUGAGUGCAAGAUGCUCACAAGUUCUUCGGAACCAAAACUGAUCAAAAUGUAUUUGCAAUUAUAUUGAACUAAAUUGUUGCUGAUCUAAUUAUUAGUCAACUUACUCCAAGUUUACUUUGAAGAAUGCCAUGCUUCGCGCGUUUUUUGCUGCCUUCUGGUUUUCAAUUUAUUAAGAAAAGCUUUUAUUUGU